AUGUCUGCUAUACUUGUCAUUGCCAUUAUAAUUUGCAUAGUACUGCUACUCUUUCUUCAUAAACAGUUCAAAAGAGAAGAUGCGCUGGCAGCUGCACCCCCUUCGCCGAAGCCGCAAGAGGUAAAUGGUUGCUCUUCGAGGGAGCUUCACGAGCUGAACUAUGCUGAUCAAUUCAAAAGAGAGGAGGCUCCACCUGCGAUUCCUUCACCGACGCCUAAAGAGGAUGUUCAAAAACCAUCGGAACCAGUGGCUCCACCGGAACCGAUGAAGCCAUCCGAAGACGUGAUAACAGCCAGAGAACUUAAGGACGAGGUAUUGUUAUUUCGUACAAAAAUAGAAAAAAGUCCUGUUCGAUGUGAGCACCCUACCUCUGGAGUUGUGACAGCUGCAGGAAUUAAAGAUGAGCCUACUGCUGGCGUUGUGACAGCUGCAGGAAUCAAAGACGAGAAAUCGUGUCUGGCUGGGCACGGAAAAGGUAAUUCAAACGGAAAGCGUUUGAGGUUCCAUAUGUUUCUAUUUCAGCCUACUUCUGGAGUCGUAACAGCUGCGGGAAUCAAAGAUCAGCCUACUUCUGGGGUCGUGACAGCUGCAGGAAUCAAGGACCAGCCUACUGAAGACGUUAAAACGGCAAGGGAGAUCGUUACAGAUAAGGUAGUUCGUCCCCCAGACGCAACACCCAAGCCACCAAGUUCAUUCCCACCCACUGACGCCGCCGUAACGGCAAAGGAAGUCGUUGUUACUAAGCUGCCUCAAGAGCCUCCAAAGGUCCAACAGCCUCAAGAACCUCCAAAGCUUCAGCAGCCUCCACAGCCUGAAAAGGUUCAGCAGCCUCAAGAGCCUCCGAAGAUUCAACAACCUCAAGAGCCUCCAAAGGUUCAGCAACCUCAGGCGCCUCCGAAGGAUGAGCAG